AGACAAAAAAAAAGUAAAGGAAGCAGGCACUAUAAAAGAGGGAUGCAUCAACCAAAGUUAUCAUCAGUUCAAGUUUGCUUCUUGAAAGUGUGACUACAAAAAUCCUUCAACCAAAAUGCUUAAGUUUGUUGUACUUGCCAUUGCUUUGACCUGUGUCGCCGCAAAACCAUCCGGAUUAGUAUACACGGCACCAUCAUUGUACUCAGCCCCAUUGGCAGCAGCACCAUUGGCAGCAGCUCCAUUGACUUCCACCUAUUAUAGUGCACCAUUGACGUAUUCAGCGCAAAGCUAUAGACCACUAACAUACGCCUCGCCAUAUGCUUAUUCUGCCUAUAACACCUACAAUUAUCGGGCACCAUACAGUUAUUCGGCACUACCAUCAGCUACGUUUUUUUAGACGAAUUGCAUCCACGAAUACUGAAACAUUGAACGCAUCGCCACAGUGACAUGAAAUCAUGAUAAUGAAAAAAAAAAAAUCGAGUUGUUCCGUCCAUUGGUAUU